AGCAAGGCGCUGAGCCAGCGGAGCCUCACCCUUGGUGUCUAUGAGGCAGCCAAGUUGCUUAAUGUGGAUCCGGAUAACGUGGUGCUGUGCUUACUGUCGGCCGAUGAGGAAGAGGAGGGAGACGCGGCGCUGCAGAUCCACUUCACGUUGAUCCAGGCUUUCUGCUGCGAGAAUGACAUCAACAUCCUCCGUGUCAACAACCCGGCACGGUUGGCUCAGCUCCUGCUGCCCGCCGCUGGCCCCGGGCCACCCGCCGACCUUCAUUGCGUCCUCGUCACGAACCCCCACGCCUCGCAGUGGAAGGAUCCAGCGCUGAGUCAGCUGAUGUGCUUCUGCCGGGAGAGCCGGUACAUGGAUCAGUGGGUGCCGGUGAUUAACCUCCCCGAGCGGUGA